AUGGCGGGGUGGGGCGCGGGGCUGGCCAAGCGCCUGGGCACACUGCUCUCAGGGCUGCUGGAGUGUGGAGCCUUCUGUGGCAUCAUCUUCGGCUGGGCCUCCCUCGUCUUCGUGCUCAAGGAGCUGCACUACUUCGCAGAUCUGUGCCAGAACACCACCACCGACCACUCUGGGCUGCUUGACUGCAGCCGCCAGGACAAGCAGUUCUCCCUGGUCUUCACCAUUGGCUCCUUCAUGAACAACUUCAUGACCUUCCCUAUGGGCUUCAUUUUCGACCGCUUUGGCACCACUGUCGCCCGCCUCAUCGCCAUCUCCCUCUACACUGGUGGGACCCUGCUCGUUGCCUUCUCCACCCCAGGGCUGGCACUGCUGCUCUUCCCAGCCAUGUCCAUGCUCUCAGUGGGUGGCAUCCUCCUCAUCCUCACCAACAUGCAGGUGGGUAACCUCUUUGGCAAGUACCGCUCCAUCAUCAUCACCCUCUACAAUGGGGCCUUUGACUCCUCCUCUGCCAUCUUCCUCAUCAUCAAGGUGCUCUAUGAGCGGGGGCUGUCCCUGCGCUCCAUGUUCCUCUUCCUGGCAGCUUGCAGCGCCUGGCACCUGCUGCGCACCCUCUUCCUCAUGCCCCGCACCCGCAUCCCCUACCCGCUGCCCCCUGCCUAUGACUACGGGCUGCGGUGCCCAGGGAGGUCGCAGUCCUACCGCACCUACGAGGAGAAGCGGCCAGUGGAGGAGGGCAGCCCUGAGGAGACCCCCCCGGAGCCCAGCGUGGCCAGAGGGGGGGCUGCCCCCGGGAUGCCCUUCUGGGCCUGCGUGCGCUCGGCGCUGUUUGCCUGGCAUGUGGCCUGGCUCUCAGCCAUGCAGCUCCGGCACUACCUCUUCAUUGGUACCCUCAACCCCCUCCUGGAGCACCUGGCCCGCGGGGACCCCCACCUUGUCAGCACCUACACCAACGCCUUCGCCUUCACCCAGCUCUGCGGGGUGCUCUGUGCCCCCUGGAAUGGGCUCAUCCUCGACUGGCACAAGCGGGGACGGACCCCCUGCCCUGACGGAGCCCUGGGCGCCCUGGCUGACUUGCAGGCGUCGGUGCUGUCCCUGGUGGUGACAGUGGCACAGUGCCUGCUGUUCUCAGUGUGCGCGGCUGUGCCCGUCCUGCCUGUCCAGUUUGCCACCUUCGUGCUGCAGGUGCUGAGCCGCUCCUUCCUCUAUGGGGGCAAUGCUGCCUUCCUUGCCAUCGCUUUCCCAGCACAGCACUUCGGGAAGCUCUAUGGCCUGGCUAUGGCCCUCUCGGCGUUGGUGGCCCUGCUGCAGUACCCCUGCGUCACCCUCGUGCAGGGACCCCUUGGUGGGGACCCCUUCUACGUGAGUGCCCCCUGGCUGCUGCCCCACGCUCUGCCCAGGCAGGACAGGGACUGCCCCGUGGGAAGAGAAGGUCCUGCCCCAUGGAGGGGUGGGGGUCCUGCCCCAUAGG